ACUGUUUUAUUUUUGAAACAAUCCGAAACUUUUUGAAUUCGAUAUUUUAUUUAAAAUCGUGAUUUAAACCCAAUUCCCAAAACUUGCGUAUGUUGUUCUAAUUGUUUCGGCAAACGUAAGAUGAAUUCAACAACCUUUGACGAUUUGAACCGUGAACAUUUCGCGUUGGAAGCUGCAAAGUGUUUAGAAAAUAUUUUCGCGAAUUCUCAAAACGUAACAACCUUGCAUAAAGAGUUAUUGGAGAUUAAUUUGUCUAUAACGGCGUAUAUUGCUGAAAGUGAGAGUCGUCUUAAAGAACUGCGUUUGAGUUUAGCUAAUUCAGCAAAAAGCUCGCAAAAGGUUGUGGAAAUACUCGGCGAUAAAUAAAAUGACAAGCCAACCGCAAACACCUCCAAAAAGAAAAUGCCAUAGAGCCCUAAACCCUUCAAUCAGGGAGACCAAUAACAACUCAAAAGCACCAUUUAAUAAACAACAGUCUGCUAGAAACUUUGCUGUAUGGUACAAGCAUAUGAUUGACAAUGACCGUCAGAAUCUAUCAUUAUAUUUGUCAGAUGAAGUUAUGCUUGAGUGGUUUGGAAAAACCAUUAAGACAAGAAAAAAAGUGUCUUUCUUCUUAAAUCAUGACAUGCAAUGUACAAGGCAUGAUUUUACAACUGUUGAAAGUAUUGAUAAGAUUCAAACCAGACAUGAGCAAUUUCACAGAAAAGAUGAUUCUAUUCUGGCCAGUCCUCUUCACUCCCCAGAAAUUGGAAUUCCAAGGCGAUCUGGUAAAAGAAGAAUGGAUUCCGGCGGCCAUAGUCCACAGUGGGCUGAAGGAUGCAAACCUGAGGAUGAUGAUGAUGACUUCAUAAUAAAAAAGAGGGCAAAAUCUCACGAUAUUGUGGCCAUGCACAUUUUACAGAAGUAUGGAACAAACACUAAAGACAUCUCUGAUGUAAAUAACGAUAUAACUCACAAAGGUGAUGGUAUCAUUACACGUAAACGUAAGUUUAUGUCUAUAACCCCACCGAAUUUAGAAUGCGGUCAGGGUGACUGUUUACCUUCUACAAGCGGUACUUCCAAUUCAGAGUCAUCACAUGAUAAAUUGAAUGCUCAACUUCCCAAGUUAGCCGUAGAAUGUAAUGGGUAUAUAGUAUUUACUAGAACACGGAAUAAUUGUAGUACAGAUGGAAUGAAUUGGGAUCGAAAGUGUAAAAUACAGGUCAGUUAUUCUGAAGAUCCUUUAAAUGUGGGCGAGUAUAUUAUUUGGGGUUUACGGUACAGCGAUGAGAGUAAGUGUCGGAGAAAUUUGUUGGCAGCUUUUGAGGAAGCGUCAAAAGAAUAAAAUUAUUAGGUUAUAUUAUUUUGUUUAUAUUUUUAAUAGUUAUAUUACUUUGUUUAAAUUUAUAAGUUUUGUGUAAUAGACUUAAUAGAAUUGAGGCAUUCUUAAAACCUAUGUUGUGGCUAAUUCUGUUGUAUAUUGAUUUCUUAACUAGACUUAAAUAAUAGGUCUAGGUGCAUUUCUAUCUCUUUCGUAAUACACCCUGUGGAAAGGGACAGCACUAGAUUUAGACCUGCUGUUAGUUUAGUGCUUGUAACUGAAUUAGCUAGAUUACCUUGUAGUGUUACAUUUUAAUUUGGCUGUAAAUAUAAUUUAGGCUAUGUUCAGUUAUAUUGAUUUAGACUCAAAAUCAAUAUAAUAUGUGAACAAGAAUUUUAUUACUGUUCAGAUAUCCCAUUUAAAAACAUUUCCCACUUAUUGCGAUCUUAUUUAUAAUUCGUCGUAAUUAUUGAGAUUUUUUUUGCGAUUUUUUAUCAUAGUUCAGUAUUAUUAUCUAUGCCAAAAUUCUAUUAUGCCUAUAAAAGUUCCUUAUGUUUAGUUUGACUAUAGAAAUACGUAUGAAAUUAUAAUACUAUAAAAUUUGUUAUAUAGUUAUUUACAUUUUUAAUGUUGCAUGAAUUUAUCACAAUGACUUGCUAGGUUUACAUAAAUUGUAUACCUCUUUCAAGUUAAUGUUUGCCAUAUUCUUACUUUUAACUUUGAUUUUUGUUGUACACAAUUUCUAAACUUAAAUGACCAGUCGUGUACAGGUCAUAGAAGCACAAAAGCACUGCUUAAACUACUUGAAAAAGGUCAAUGCCUAAUUUUCUCUAUUACUUGCCAUUCAAGCUCUAAUGCCUACCCCUGCUCUAAUAUCUGUGCCACUGAAAAUGACAGGUCUAAAAUGUAUUGCUUUCCCUUUCAUAAUGCUCGCUGUGGAAAAGGAUAGCACUAGAUUUUGACCUGGCAAUGUAGUUAAGAGAUUGUGUACAACCAAAUUAGACACUUAUAUUAAUAAACUGCUUUUUAACUUAGCAGCCAUGAAUGCUUGAAGCAAUCAUGAUUUGAUAAUGACCAAGCAGUUGUCAGCAACUUGAGCAGUUGCCAAUGACUGGUAGCAUGCUCUAGCAGUCCAUGUAUGGCUGCACUUAUUUUUUAUUGUAAGUUUCGAAAAUAUGUUUUUAUACUUAGAAGUAUAGAUUUUUUUAAUGAAAUAAGAAUUAUUUAAGGGGGCCAAGUUGUAGAUAUGUAAAAAUUUUCAUUCCAUUUUUUUUUUAGUUUUAUGCGGUUUUAAAUAUAGUCAUACCCCAGUUGUAAAAGAACAAGAUUGAUCUAUACAAAACGGUGUGUUAUACUGGCUUCCCACGUUGCGUGAUUGUGCGGACUACCACGGACACCGACGCACGGCGCACAAGGCUUCUUCAUUCUGUCAUCCGCGGAUCGUCGGACAUGUCUGCACUACCACGAACAAUACUCUUCCCAUGGUGCGACGGUGCGAGCUGGUCCGCGUCCGUCCGCAAUAUCACGCACCGUGGGAAGGCGGUUUGAAAUGUCACCUCUGAAGAGUAGAUCAGUCUACAUUUUUACUUCCACUUUGAAGUACUUACCGCGUACAUUCAAAUGUUCUAACAUGUAACAGGAAAACCAUUAUAAUAAUAUGUCAUGGGGCACCUGACAGAAGUGAAGCUUCAUACACAUUGUAUACUUAUUUAAUACUAGCUGAUGCCCGCGACUUCGUCCGCGUGGAUUUACGUUUUUCAAAACCUCGUGGGAACUCUUUGAUUUUCCGGGAUAAAAAGUAGCUUAUGUUCUUUUCCAUGUCAAAGGCUACAUGCAUGCCAAAUUUCAUCCAAAUCCGUUCAGCCGUUUUUGCGUGAUUGAGUAACAAACAU